AUGUGGGAGCUCCGGGGCCCGCCCGUCCACCCGACGGCACCCAUCCAGCAGGCCUCGGAAACAUGCCUAGAUACCCGCGGUUGGACGGUCCGGGCGCUUAUCCUACCCCGGAAAAGACAUUGUCUCCGGGAACCUCACUCUACCUUGACCCCACCGGCCCUCUACGACAUUGGACCACCCUGGCCGGUAGAUUAUCGACCAAAUUUUAUCAUGUCAAUGUCCCGCAAGAAACGCAAGUCGCAGAAGGUCUGCUUUGUUACUGUCGGAGCAACGGCAAGCUUUGACUCCUUGGUCAAAGCCGCCCUUAGCCCGCAAUUUCUGGAAGCUUUGGAGACCCAUGAUUACACGGACCUGCGAUUACAACAUGGCAAAGAUGGACAGAAGGUGCUCGAGGAGUUCAGAAGAAGCAGUUAUACCAUGAGUGAAGAAGUGCAGGACCUCAGCAUAAGUGGUUUCGACUUCAACAAGCAGGGUUUGGGAUCCGAGAUGCGGGCUGCCAAAGGCCAAGGCAACGGUGUAGAAGGUGUUGUCAUCAGCCACGCAGGAUCUGGCUCUAUCCUUGACGCCCUACGAAUUGCGGUCCCCGUUAUUGUUGUUCCCAAUCCAGACUUGUUGGACAAUCAUCAGGAAGAGUUGGCAGAAGAGCUUGCAAUACAAGGCUAUGUGGUUCAUGGAAAUCUCCAAGAUUUACCAGCCGCGAUCCGACAGUCGGAGAGUCUACGGAAGACACAGAAUCCUUGGCCACCGGCGGAUACUGGGGAAGAUCCUUCUGGCAAAGGGCUUGUUGGUGUCAUGGAUGAAGAAAUGGGUUUCGUUGACUAA